GUGUCUUACCGGACGUGACGUCGACUUUAUCUGCACGUCUCCGCCAGUGUUUUUAAAAAAGCGGCGGUUGCUCGUCGACCACCUUUUGGUGAAUCGAUAGCAAGUAUUUCUUUAUCAUAGUUCUCCAGCAGAGUAACAAACCGAUCCUGGUGUUUUUCUGUAAAGUUGUAAGCUCCUUUACUGCACCGGGAUCAUGCAGCACCAGCAGUAUGCAGAGGAGCGAGGCCUUCUGGGCUCACUGUGUCCUGGGCAGAAGAAGCUGGAGGGGAAGACCUUCUACCUGGACAGUGUGAAGAAACGCGCAACAGCCCUGCUUUUGGAGACAAUAUCUCUUCUAGGAGGGGUUGUUGAGAGUUUCCUUCACAAGGAUGUGAGCUUUGUUGUGACUGGAAGCCAAGAGUGUCUGAAGGACCUGAAGUGUACAGAUACCAAAGCAGGGGCAAAGGGGACAAGUGAAGAAGCCCAACGUCCUAUAAUGACACGAGAGAGUCUCCUCAGCAAUGACAAACAGCGACCAGGAACUUCUAGACCAGUGGCUUGUGGCAGCCGUGGGAAGGCCCUGCUUGAAAAAGCCAUUCGCAACAAUGAACGACUGCAGAGGAGCAGUGUUUUGGCCAAUGCUCGAUCGUGGGGAGUGAAGAUUCUGUAUGUGGAUGAUGUUCUUUUAUAUUUGAAACAGUUGACUCGAGAGAGCUUCUGCGCAAUACACAAGAGGCCAGAGAGGACUUACACCAAACAACAAGGUGCUCAUCUUGUCAAAGCUGCAGCUUUGAGGUCUCCCUAUCUUAAAAUUGAAGACUUGAGCAGGAAAUACAAGCCCUUGCAUAUGCAGUCUGUGACCUUCCCCACUCUGUGGUACUCGGGCAGAUUUAGUCCCUUUGAAUCUCCUCCUCCUCGGUUUGAAAAACAGACAGAGCAAGGAGAAAUUAAAACAAGGGAGAAAAAAAAGGUUGAAAGCAGCAUUCAGGACAAAUCUCAAACCCCACUCAGCUGUAACCCUUCACCAUGGCGGCCACGCAAAAAGGACCUGUCUUACUGUGAAUGCUGUCAUCAACCCUUCACUAAUCUGGAGGAGCACUUGCAGUCUGAUCAGCACCGUGCGUUUGUGCUGGAUCUCUCGAACUACAGUGCGGUGGACCAACUCGUGGCUGAAAUGCUUCCGGGAUUCAACCCUAAUCCACCACAACAAUCAGAAGAAACACUGAACCGACCACCAACUCCUUUGCCCAUCCAAGAUGUCUGUGAACUGGAGCCUCUCACUGAUGUUGAGAUGGAGCAUGCUGUUCAGGCUCUGCAGAGACAAGGGUCAUCAUCAUUCAUUGCUCACAUCUCCAGCCCUACUAGCGGUUCUCUUUCUUCUGGACCAGCCAGCCCAUCACCAGGACUUCAGUUUCCCAUCCCCAGUCCAGCCACUCCACCUGCUGACAUCCAGCCUUUCAUUACUAACCCAGACUGCCAGCUACCUGACAGCCAUCGUCGCGCUUCAAGUCCAGCCAUGCCUGUAUUGGAUGCUGAACCACAAGCCCAUGACCCAGUCAGCCAGCAGCCGGAUACUCAACAUCUCUCCCCCUGCCCUGACACGCAAUGUCCAUCCCCUGACCCUUACUCCCUGCCUCCGGUCCUCAGCCCACAAGUCCCUUAUCACUCCUACAUUAUGGAGCUGUACUGUUCUAACUCAGAGCCUCCUGUCCUCAGUCCUCAACGGUACACUGCAGAGGAGGCUGUAGAAGGACACACUUGUGAAAUGGACACUGCAGAAAGUGUGUCUCAGUCUGUCCCAGCUGUCACACUUCCCAUCUCCACCCAACUUCUUCCCUCUGUGGCUUUGACAAAUGCAGAAGGAGUAAAGGGAUCAAACCAAGAAAGUCUUUCAGGAUUCAAUGGGCUCACAUGUUCCACUAAUGGUUUCGAGUGUGCUGCACUGUAUUCACGUAGAUCUCGUUCCCUCCCUCGACAGUCAGCAACGGCACCAAACCCCAAAAAACGCUGUCGAUCAGCCAGCCCCGAACACAGCCGGAGCAAAAGGAGAAGAAUUACAGUGAAAUUUGGCUACAGUGGUAGCUGGACUGAACAAGGGCAUAAAUCUCCAAAACCAGAAAGUGACAUUAUGGCAAAACCUGAGGGCUGUUUAUUAUUUGACAAGGUCUCUUCUCACAUACUUGACUCCUGUCCUAACCCAAAGGUCUCUUCAACAUGCACUGUGGAAACGCUUGAUUUAAAACAGACUUUUACUGUGUUUUGUGUUCCUACUAUACAAAAUUUCACUCAGGCACCAAAUCAAAUGGACAUUUUAAGUAAUGGUAGCACUUCUGUUGCCGAUCAGCCAUCAUGGCCACUCUCCUCAAAAGCAAAGAUUUUUGAUCCUCCACUUGAGUUCGCCAACGAUAAAUCUCACAGUGCGUUUUCCAGUCAAGAUUCUCAACGUUCACUAUCCCACUCCACCUCAGUGUGCAUCGAGUCAGCUCUCAUCCCAGACUUAGCCAUGAUCUCUCCAUCAUCAUCAGACUCUGACUGGGACUGUGAACUGCUGUCACGGCUGGGACCGACCUCGGCCGCUCCUCUGUCGCCCACCGAGCAGAGCUGUGAGCUCGAUAAGGAACUCCUCCACAGGCCGUGCAUCUGGAUGCACAACACCAGCUAUGAGUCACGUCUACACACUGUCCUUCAGCCGUCAACCCCAGCGACCUCACUAUGUGGGGAAGAAAUGGACCCCUCAGUGUUUUCCAGGAACGUGGUACAGGUUGUUGAGGUUCAGCACUGAUGGUUAUUUUCUUGACCAUUAUAAAGAACUGGAAGAACCACUACCCGGAAGCCAUGUAAGGCACCUGGAGAAGUCUUUGACUUUGCAGCUGCAUAUCCCACUGCAAGAAACAAUGGGCAGAACUUAAGCUCAUCAAAAUAAGUCAAUGAAGUGUACACUGAAUAAAUAUUUAAAACUUAGUGCAAACUAAAAUGUAAUAAGCAGUUUUUAGAAAUGCAGAUUUUUAUUUUUAGUAGAUGUUUCUUAGUGGAGGCUGCAUCUUCCCAUGAAUUUGAAGAGAGUUUAUCAUUUUUCCUCUCAACCCCUAAUCCUCCAUGUGCACAGAACCCUAAGCAAUAUUCUGUAUGUCGUGCUGACUGCAGUCUUUCAGCAGCUGUGUCCGGGAACACGUGGUGGUAUUGAGAAUUUAAUGAGGCUUUUCUGAAGGGGGGCAUUACUCAAUUACUGUAAGUGCUGCGUCUGGAUCAGAUCCCACUUGCGCCAGCGUUGAUGAGGCGUUGGUAGAGUGGAGGACUCGCACAACCUGUGAGACAGAAAACUAUCUGAAUGUCAAAUGGCUUUUCCUGCCUUUUGAAAGUGAGCCAAAGGACAGGCUUUGUCAAGGAGAGACGACUGCUUCAGUGUGCUGCAGCCACUCGGAGGUUUAUCAUCUUUACUUGUCAGUUUUUAAAGUGUAAGGUCACCUACCAUUAAAUACUUGUCAUUACUCAUCAUAACGGCCAAAACUCGAAACCCCAUGUUGUCCAAAAAUCGCACUGAAUAUCUUACAUGGACAUUUAAAACACAUGCAGAAUGCAACGAGCAAAGAGAAACGUGUUUGUGGAACAUGUGGAAGACGAGCAGUUCUCUUACAAAAAUGUGAAGUCAAUUCUUGUACAGUGUUUUUAAAUAAAUGCUUUUAACCAUAAA